CGGAAGGGGAGGUGGAGGAGGAGGAGGUGCUCCUUCCUCAGACGGAGUUAAAAUAGUUUCAGGAAACUUUGAGCUGCUUCUCUCGAGUUUCCCGAAAAAACUGCGAAGCUUCGCGGGAAGCGCACACGGAGCACCCGGGGGGGGGGCCGCAGACGGACGGCGACAUGUCGGGGAGAACCGGAGCCGCCUGGAUGUGACUGGAGGAUGGAGGGAGAGAAAGAGACGUCUGAGGAGAAGGAGGAGGAAGAGGAGGGGGAGGAGAAGGAGCUUCAUCAGAAUCACCCCAUGGAGGCGUCCUCUCUGGACCAGGACCUUCCCAUCAUGCACUGGGAGGAGCUGAGCCAGCGGAUAGCUGAGCUGGAGAAACAGGAGCAGGAGCGGAGGGAAAGGUCAAAGAGAGGGGCGGGGCUGAGGACGGAGGGAAAUCCAGAUGGAGUGUGGAGCAACGUCUGGGGGGAAGAGGAGGAGGAAGACUUCAGGAGGUGUCGAGUGGCAGUUGUUACGUCACGAUUUCACAACCACAGAAACCUGCAGCUGUGCUUCAUCAACAACAGCGACAGUGAAGAGGAGGAGGAGGGGGCCAAUAAAAAGGUCACAAAGGGAACAGGGCACAAUGGUUGCCAUGCCGCUGGGCUGAAACAGGAAGUGGCCACGGCUCUGAGGACGCUGAGAGACAAGUUGCUGGCCGAGCAGAAGGAGGAGCGGCUGGCCGGCAGCAGCUGCGUGGCCCAGCGGAAACAUCUGGAGCGCUGGGAGCUGCAGGAGCGCUCGCUGCAGCAGCUCGGCAGCUUGAGGGCGUCGCUGGAACGAGACGUUCACGCUCUGAGCUCCGAGCUGGUGGCCCACCUCCUGGUACGAGACCAGCUGAGGACGAAGCAGGACGCCAUGCUGCUGGACGUCCAGGACCUGACCUAACGCCAGAACGGCACGGCGGACGCCUCGCACAGUCUCUGCCCAGUGCUCCUUCUUCCAGCCUCUCUGGGACCAGGCUGGCUGCUCGGGCGUGUCAGCUCCGCAGCUGUUUACUGCGUCAGCGACAACCUGCCGGUUCAUCUAAACUGACCAAUCGGCAGCAUCCAGAGAAACGACGAUGACAUGAUCCUGGAGGACACACGUCGGUAUUUACAGAAAGGAAUAACGUUCAUAACAGAGCUCAGAUGUUGGAGGAUUUUUUUGGGGUAGUCAGAUUCAUUCAUCAGGACGGCCAAUCAGCUGCUGACUUGUGACAGUUUAAAGCGUAAGUCUCAGUCGUUGUUCUGACUCCUGACAAUCGGGCCUGUUAUGUUUCUGUUGUUAGAGCAGCUCGUUCAUCUCACAGCAGCUCCAUAUGUGACGCCCCAAGUUCAUCCUCAGCCUCAAACAAUCAUUGGAGCUCAUGUUCCUUUAAGGCCCGCCUCUCUAUAAGCACACUCUCUUCUGAUUGGUCAUCUAUUAAGUUCCUUUUACGGAAACCUCAGAUAAUCUUCUUCAUGUUUUUCAGCAGGUGACAUGUUCAUGCAGCAUUUUCUCAGCAUGUUUCCAGGUUCACUAAAUCGUUCUGCUCCAAAACUGCAUGACAGGGGUCUUCCAUCUGCACCACAGAUUUACAGGCUCAGCCCCUGAAAAUGAAACUGACAUUUUGGGAAAGGUUAGUAUAUUUUGCUGUGACGUUUGGAGAAAGCUGGAGCUUUUCAAAUCUUUUUUGAUACCUGUGCUCCUCUAAAUGCUCAUUUUAAGCCACCGUGGUAGCAGCGUAGCUGUGUUAUUAUCCUCACUCUGUCCUACAAGAUGAUUUUUGUGGAGACUUUAUGUUCCUCAGAGGAUCCAUUGUCUUCGUCAAACAGCCUGUAACCGUGUUUUUGCUUUGAGACACAGGUCUUAAAGCUACAGAUUGAAAUUUGGGAGACAUAAUCAUGGUCACCAGACCAAAAACAAUGACUUCGAUAAACCCACGAGUCAAAUGUUUGUGGUGAGCAACCCCCUGGAAACCUGCGGUUGCUAUCAGUACAUGUAUAUUCCCACCAAGUGGUGAUUGGUUGCUGGUUAUCACUGGGUGAAAAUGGGUUGCAAAGGGAGCGCUCCACCCAAAAACCUCCCUGUGAUUGAUUUGGUUGCCACGUUUGCGUUAAAGACAACAACAUGUCUGCAAACAUUCACACUGAGCCGAGUGGACGGGAAAGACAAACAGGAAACUCCUUCAGAGUAAAAGUUGUACCUUACUACUGAAAACAACACAUUUCAAAAGGUGCAACUUUUACUGUGGAGGUUUCAGGUUUGUGUUGCACUUUCCUGUUUGCUUUACCGCUCGGCUUGUUGGUCGAGUGUUUACAGGAAGAGAAGUCACAUCACAGCUGGGAGCGACAGCCUGCCAAACCAACCACAAAGAGGCUUGUCGGUGUCUGCCUCUGCCUCUGAGCUCAUCUACCAACCUCCAGCAACCUCACAGCUGGUUAAAACACAUUUUUCUGUAGCACCUGGUGGUUGGUAGGUGGUUGCCAACCGGUCUCUAGGCCUGUCCAACUUUGGACCUUAGACAACGAAUGUUACUCAGUUAAUUUAGAAGAUGCAUUUUGACAAAACGGUGUUACUUUACAGCGUGCUGAAAGCUCAGUGACUCAUCGGUUUAAACAUCCUCAUCGAAGUCAAAUCGGUCAGCUUUCUGACUCCUAACAUUACGUUCAGAUUUGGGAGUUUGGGGAUCAAAUUUCAUCUAAAAAAAUCCUAUUUUCACAUAUUUUCUCCAACUCUGUGUUCUCUGAGUUGCGGCGAGCCUAAUUAAACAUAAUCAACAAAAGGGACUGAACUGUUGCAGAUCUAACUUAUCUUAUUUAAGUUUUAUUGUGUUACUUACUGAACUACUUUUACCUGUUACUAUAAAAAGGGAACAGUACACAGAUAUAAGCAUGCGGAGUUAAAGAGCUUAAAUGAUAUCUUGAUUUUUGGACAUUAUACUUAGUUGUUGUUGUUUUGUUUUAAUUAAAGGGGAAUUUCACCCAAACUUGAUGUGUCAUCAUCACAUUAAAGCAAAAAAUAAAUAACUGAAACAACUUCAGACUAACAAAGUUACGUUUCUGUCACAGUGGUGAAAUUCCUCUUUAACUGAUGCUAAACUCUUCAGGUACCGUCUGUGAUCGCGCUAUCGUUGUUUACUUUAAAUGUAAGGGAAGAAUCCACUGAAUAUAACCAACUAUGUGCCAUGAUUGCUGCCUUACUUUCAUUUUUCUUCUUAAAACAAUGUUUUGCAUCUCAUCCAUCAUGUGCUUUAAAUAACUCCCUGAAUCUGUUUUCAUGACCACAGUAGUCAUUUAUACACUAGUCGAGGAUAUUUAGCAUUGUGCUCUCGUGCCUGUGAUGAGAAGCUGAAUGUCAUUUACAUUGAAAGCGAUGUACUGUAAAGGGAAAUGUGCUUUAAAGUAUUUAAAGUCACACUGAAAUGUGCUGUUUUGAGGUUGUGGAAGGUUAUGACACUGAUACAAGGCUGUUAAUCAUUUCACCGUGACUUUAAGAAUAUUUGGAGAAGUAUUUUAAAAUGUAAAUAAAAUUAAC